CUCGCAAUUCACUACAACCUACCAACCAACAAAUUACAAACGGCACUUCUUAACUGUGGUUGGCUAGGUUAGUUAUCAUUAUCAAUCCUAAGUUGAAGUUUCAUUAUUGAGGUUAGGCUAUGUAAAUCGGAGAUAAGAUAAGGAACUUGUUCAAACACUUCUUUUUCUGUUCAUAAACUGUGUAGUUUUCCACCAACUUUUAUAUUUGACUUCCUCAGUUCUUACAUUGUUCCAUAGUUUAAUUAUGGUAGUUUCCAUACAUAGUUUUAACUACUUGUGAUGAUUCAGUAUAGCCCAUCCUGCUUCCUAUUUGAAAUCAACAAGUGAGAAAACACCUUGAUAGCAGAAGAAAUUUUUCAUAUAUCCAAGUCCUACAAAUGGCAGCGUUAUCAGAAACUCAGCCUGAAGAAGACUUAAACAAUUUAGUGUGUGAAGCUCGCAAUACAGUGAUUGUUACUGGGUUUGGACCAUUUCAAAACCACAACAUCAAUGCAAGCUGGGAAGCUGUGCGUCUCCUGCCUUCCACUGGGAUAGAGAGUGACCUUAAUAUAUGUCUUGUAACAGAGCAAAUUCCUGUAUCAUACGACGAUGUUGGGACAAAAAUUCCUAAACUGUGGGAUAGUUACAAACCAUUGUUGGUUGUGCAUGUGGGGGUUUCUCAUCUUGCCCGAAAAAUAACACUAGAGCAAGCAGCGCAGAAGUCUGGGUAUGACAGGCAAGACAUCUAUGGGCAAACACCUGCCUGUAAUGAGUGUUGUGUUGGAUCCACACCCUUGAUACGAUCUGGUCUGGACAUUAACCAGCUGAGCAAUACGAUUAACUCUACCUCCGAGACUGUACAGACAUGUUUAUCAGACGACGCUGGCAGGUACCUUUGUGAGUACAUAUACUACACAUCUCUCAGUAUAGACAAAACAAGAUCAAUUUUCGUGCAUGUGCCACCUCUGGAUCAGCCUUACUCAGCGCAGCAACUGGCUGAGGGGUUGGCAGCAAUUGUGAGGUGUUUGGUGCAACAGUUGCGUGACCCACAGUUAGAUAAAGUUGCAAUAUCCUAGCAGGGUACCUGAAAGCUAGGUCUACAACUAGCAAAGAUCUUAAGAAAUUUUAGUGAUAAUCCUAGUUUUAACGGUUAAAUAUCUGUGGUAAAGUUGUUUUGAAGACAUUGCAAAAAGUUUAUAACACAGUGCAACUAGUUUUACCAGUUAAAGAGGAAGACAUCAAGUAAGUAAAGUAUCUGUUCUUAGUUUAUUGUUAAAUAAUGGAAGCGAUAACAGGGUUACGGACAUUUACUAUCAUUUAAAAGUGUAACAAAGCAAAUGUAGUAAACUUGGGUAUUAUAGCUUUUUAACAAUACUACGAGACACAAUUAAUCUAUAGUUUGAUAACUAAGCCAAAUAUCAAGAACCUUGUCUAAUCAAAAACUACCUAGUAUAGUGUCAGCAUUAAAUUAGUAGCCUAGCAGAUAAGGAGAUAUCCAAGUGAUUUUUACAAUUUCUAGCCACUAUUAUCCUUUCAUUUAGCCUAACUAAAUAACAAGGGGGAAAUAGAACAGACAAUAUAACAGAAUUACAGACAUUUGCCAUCAUUAACUGUUAAAAAUAACAUCUUACAUUUAGUCUCACAAAUGCACAUGGUCUUUUGGUAAUUGAAUUAAUAUGAUUUAACUGGGAGCAGCACCAAUCAACAAGAACAUAACUUGGAAUUCUUAUUAUUAUAGUUCAUAUUGAGGCUGAUAGAUGGCAGGCACUCUUAGUUACACAGCUGGUUACUACAACAAAGUGAGUUUUACAUAUUCACGGAGUAGCCAUGAGCACUUGGUCUGUGGAAACGUAUGUAUACUUUUACUAAAGUCAAGGGACACAGGGAGUGGUUUCAGUCGGAGAUAAAAAAAAUUCUCAACCUUUAGGCUAAUACUCCAAUAAAUACAGUAAUUAAAUUACACUUGGAAAACUAGAAUUUUAUGAAUUUAGACAUUUAAUAUUGAUAACUAAUCAUUAUGUCUUUUAUUAGUCUAAUAUGCGAAAGUAUACGAUUGAGGGUAUUAUUAUUAUUAUUGAAAAGUUUUAUUAUAAAAAUUUAUACUAUUGCAAAAAUAUGUUACAACAUAGUUUAUUGUCAUAGAUAAAUAUUUAUUAGAUAAAUCAAAAUAAACUUCAUGUUCUUUUCAUCUUAAAACAAACUUAAAAUACAAAAAUAUUUCACUAGUAAUUACCAAAUUAUAUAUUUUCAUGAAAUGCAGUGUAUGAUAUAUAGUUUAUUUUAUUUUUUAAUAUAAUUUACUGAAAUCUUUUACCAAACUUCCAUAAGAUUAUUGUUUUUAAAUAUUGUAUUUUUAUUGUAUUUGUUUUGUUUUCGUGUUUAGGAAAAUAAUCAAAUAUAUUACAGCCCAAACGCAUGCAUGUAUUUAAUUACAGUUUAGUUAUUAAAAGAUAACAAUUUAUUCAUAUAUGAAGAUAAUAAUGAUAAUAGCGUUCAAAUUGGAUAUUAUGAAUGAAUUAGGAAAAUGUAAGCUUAGGCAUUAAUAAUUUUGUUUAGUUAUUAAAAUCCCUUAGUGAUUAUGACAUAUGACAAUUCACUGUAAAGAAACUAAACAAAAAUGUAAAAAACUCAAUACGUUAUUCAACUGGCUAUC